AUGCAACGUCGUCGAGAUAUCAGUACCAACACUUACCAGACAUUCCUGAGGCUACGAUCAUACGACUUUACGUUUUUGUAUGUGAAAAUCAAAGGGAUAAUUGACAGUAAAUUGAAAUUACUGUUGAGAUAUGAAAACUUCAAACAGCCAGAGAUUUAUAGAUCGAUUGUCAGACCGCUCACAAACACACUACUAGAGUUGAAGUCGUUUGAAGAACAUGCAUUUCUCGUCCAUAUUCUUCUUUUGCUACGAUACGAGUAUCAAAUCCAAUCUCAAUUCAACCUUGUCCGAUAUGAUUUACUCCAAUCCAAAGCUAUUCUUGGGGAGAUAUUGGCAAUCAGAAUGCUCAGAGAAUAUAAUGCUCCAACAAGAAUGAACUUGUUGUUUGUGGACCCACUUCGAAAGUUUUCAACUCUUGAUUUGGCCAUCUAUUCAGAGCUGAAAAAGUUUCUUUGUCAACCUAUCGUGAUUCAAAUUAUGGAUAAGUUAUAUCGUGGAGAAGUCAACAUUGUUGGCAAUAGUCGCCAUAGCAAUGUUAGUUUUGAUCCAGAGAAUCAAAAAUUGGUGGCAAGCUCCCAAGUAUCAUCAUAUGAAGUUCUUCCCUAUAAGGCUCUGGAGGCCACCUUAAAAGAUUGUAUCAAAAGAGCUACGAAUGUUCCAAAGUAUGUGGAAUACAUCAACAUAAUAAAGUUAAUAACCUUGGCAGUAACAUAUUUGAAAUUACUUUUAAUGCUGCAGGAAAGCUUUUUGCUUCAUUGUCUAAUGGUAAUUUUAACCAUUGAAAUGAACAUUCAAUAUAUGAUAAGAAUAAGGUACGUUUCGUGGGAAUUGUUGAAUAGACUCAUUUGGACAUAUGCUGAUUUUGUAUUGAUAUUCCUAUUGGAUAUUACUGCUAUCAAUCUUAUUUUCACUGGGGAACCUCACAAGGUGGCGAAUUUGAUUCUGAUAGUUUUGUUCCCAAAGAUAGUUCUUCACAUGUUUAGUCAUUAUGAGUUUCUCAAUCUUAUUCUUAUCAGUUUUAAACAAAUGACGUUUAAAUUACUUGGUGUCUUCUUCCUUUUUAUUAGUUUGAUUAGUGGCUAUUAUGUUAGUUUCAUUAAGCUAUCCAAAUCAUAUGUUCAAAGCUCAGAUGUUCUCUAUGGAAUGCUUCAGGUUUUCUUUGGGUUUACUCCAGCAAUUUGGAGCAAUUGGGACAAUUAUGAUAGUUUGGGGAAUAUCAUUCAAUUGAAUUAUUUAUUCUUGAUGCAGUUCAUUCUAAGUACAAUACUUGCAAUGAUAUUGUCCCAAGAGUUUGUCAAAUUGAAUAAUGCAAAUUUGGAAGAGUUUCAUUAUUUACAGACAUUAAACAUACUAGUGGAGCUUAAGCAAUCUUUCCAAUCGUUUGGUUGGGCAAAAUCUCUAGGUUUAAACUAUCCCUUGAGUUUGUUUAUAUGGGCUUUGGAGAAGUAUAGCCAGUGGCUGAAUAACAAAUUUACAGACUCAGAAACGUAUAAAAAUGGGAUGAAGAAUUUCACAUUUGUUCUGGAACAAAAUAGUGAUAGACUUACAAGCGUUCAAUCAAGAGAUACCUUUUGUGUACGGAGGGCAUCUAUGGAUUCGAUGUUUCUAGACUUAUUAUCUCACCCACAGCAUCCUUUAGUUCCUGCUGGUAGUCAUCCUGACAGGAGUAAUGCUACAACAGCACAGAUGGCAGGUCCUUCUAUGCCAACUCUGAUUUCAAUUCCGUAUUCUGGUGAGCCUAUACUUGGAUCACAACAAAUGAUGUCUCCUUCAAGCAAGCUGUUAGGAGUACACCAGCAAAGUAUGAGAAGGGCAUCUACUAGCUCACGGCCCCGUCAUACUACAAUGACCAACAUCCAAGAGACUCCUUUGCUGAAGCCAUUGGAUACAAGUGAAAGCAACGGAUUAGCCAUUGCUCGUUUAGAGACAUUAGUGGAGCACUUGGUGCAACUGGUGGAUAACUUGAAUUACUCUGCUAAUGGUAACCGAGGCAGAAACCGAGGGCAGUUAAUAUCCGAGGGCUCAGCUACUGAAGAGAGCAACCGCACGGCCGAAGACGGGUCUAUGCCUAUAUACCGGACAGAGUCAAAUGAAUCGAUGGAAGAUGAAUUAAGUCUUGAAUAUGAUUCAGACGCCACAAUAUAA